AAUUGAAUUAAAUACUUCGUUGCUAAACACGAUGAGUAGAAAUAUACAGAAAACUGUUCUAAAACUUGGCUUGCCGAACGUAUUCAAUGCUCGGAAAAUUGUAUCAUUCGUAAGAAUAAUUUGCCGAUUGUUUUAUGGAGUGUUUUGUACAAUUAUUGGCAACCUUGUAAUAGAUAAACACUAAAUAUUAACACUGAACAUUGAUCAAAGUGUAAAAACACCUGCGAUAGUUUAGCCUACUUAUAGCAGACUAUUGAACUAACAAUCGCCAGUUGAAACUGGAAGUAAAAUUGCAUACAAAAUUAUUUUGCUAUCGCAACACUCGUAAUGAAAUGGUAUUUGUCAUUCUGUUACUUUUUUCCGGCCUUGAUCAAUCAAUCUCGUUCACGUGUCGUAUUUCUGAAAACUCAGCUAUAUACUUGAAGCACGGAAUAUUUACAACUGUUCACAAAUACUACACAGCCGAGGAAUGGAAAGAUUUUGCAGCUCGUAAUCCAGGUUGUAUUAAUAACAUCGCUGUUAGUUCAGGAACAGGGCAAGAAGACUUUGAGCGGCUCUCAAGUAUCGUAAAUUCCGUCCCAGAAAUUUCUUUCAUUUGCUUAGAUGUUGCUAAUGGGUAUUCUCAGCACUUUGUUGAGUUUGUGAGGAAAGUCCGAUUCGCCUAUCCAAAUCACACAAUAAUUGCUGGCAAUGUUGUAACUGGAGAAAUGGUGGAAGAGUUAAUACUCUCGGGGGCUGACGUGAUCAAAGUGGGAAUUGGGCCAGGCUCAGUGUGUACAACACGUAUGAAAACCGGAGUUGGUUAUCCCCAAUUAAGUGCAGUUAUCGAGUGUGCAGAUGCAGCCCAUGGUUUGAACGGGCAUAUCAUUUCUGACGGCGGAUGCACUUGCCCGGGAGAUUUAGCCAAAGCCUUUGGCGCCGGUGCCGAUUUUGUAAUGGCCGGUGGAAUGUUCGCAGGACAUGAUCAAUGCGGUGGGGAGACGAUCGAGAAGGAAGGGAAACGUUUCAAGCUCUUCUACGGCAUGGCUUCCUCUACCGCGAUGCAAAAACACGCUGGUGGAGUCGCGGAGUACAGAUCAUCGGAGGGCAAGACCGUCGAAAUUCCGUACAGAGGAGACGUAGAAAAAACCGUGUUGGACAUUUUGGGAGGACUACGAUCGGCAUGCACUUACACCGGAGCAGCUCGUCUGCAAGAACUUCCCCGAAGAGCAACGUUUAUACGUUGUACUCAGCAAUUGAACACCGUUUACGGUCCACCGAAUUGAAUUCUAGCGAAAAUUAUUACCAAAUUGCAAAAAAUACUUGUUAUAAUAUAUAUAUAUAUAUAUA